UGUGUGAAAUUUUUAAGAUGGUGAUGAACAGUGUUUUUGAUAUUGUAGCGAAAAAAUCCACUGCAAGUUCUCUGUUUCGUUACUGAAACAAGCAGAAUGUGUGUAAUUUUGUGAUUACGUGACCGUAAUGUUUUUUUCUUUAGUGUAAUGGACCUGAAUUGUCUAACGUGAGCUGUCUGAUCAUUGACAUUGUUUCGUAAAAAAAUUCAGAGUCCAUCGCGAUUGUUAUGUUUAUACUCAUAUCGUGUGCAUUUAUAGUGGCUAGUAAAUGGUUUAAGCAAUUCUGAUGUUUUCGAAGUCAUGGAGAGGCAGGAGCGAACACAUGCCAACAUGGAGGCUACGGACACGGUGGACACAAAACAGUCGAAGCAGCGCGCAUCGAUCAAAUGGCUGCUGUCGAAGGCGUUCAACAACAGGGUCCCGGAUAACCUGCAGGAGCCCUUUUACAGGGACCAUGAGGACCAGGAACACCUCAAGCCACCUAUAGUCGGGGGUCUCGCCAACGCCGAGAUCUACUGUCUGGCGUUAGCGAACAUGUACUCAGACCCCAACUACCACAGCCUCAACCACUGGAACAUUCUGCAGACCCUCGCGAGGAAAGGCGUACAUGUACCAGAUCCCCCUGACUGCGCGCUUACGGAGACAGUGCUGCUUCAGAACAAUCCGCUCAAAAUGACUGCACACAUGUCGGUGAUAGAAGCUUUAAUGGUGCUGUACGCGCGAGAGGUAGUCACGCUGGACAGGGUGUCGGCGGCAGCACAAAGAUUCGGCACCAGUCAACCCCUCAACAACUCCAAUGUUCCGCACGAAGACGGGCUACUGUGCUGGAUCAACGCGGCCUGCGCCGCGCUCAACAAGGCUGAGGAAGAUCAGUCAUCACAAGUCCCAAUGGUGAAGAACCUGCAAGAGCUCUGCGACGGCACGGCGCUGGCGGCUCUCAUCUCCUUCUACUGCCCCGACGCGCUGCCCCGCUCCGCCGUGCGCGUCGGCCGCAUGGCCUCCAUACAGGACUGCCUCCACAACCUCAUGCUGGUGCACGACUUCUGCCAGACGAGUCUGCCGCACAACGUGUUCCACAUGCUGCCCGAGGACGUCACGUAUAUGCGAGGAUCAAUGCGACAAAACCUAAUAGCAAUGCUAGCCGAUCUCUUCAACAUGCUAGAAGUGCACCCAGUCAAAUCCGUCAAGUACCCCGGCGUCGUACCGCGAUCACCCUCUGCUUGCGGCAUGCGACCGCGCGUUCCCACUGGUCGCUCGGCGUGCUCGACGCCAGAGCGGCGGAGCUGCAGUCCUCAGAGAGAAGAGUUCGUGGUGCAUCGAGGGAGGGGGAUCACCACGUUAUCAUCCAUCGCGAGGAGGGAAGACGAUAACGUCGUGGACCCGAACCAAACCGCCGCCGGCCGUCCGUCCAACUAUCAAACACAAAACUCCUUCGCCGGCCGCCGUUCAAGACGGUCUUCAAUCACAGACGACAGUCAGCUUACCGUCGAAAACUUUGGAGGGUCGCAAGAUCGACUGCAUUUCGCUGGGAGGAAUCCGGAGAAAGAGCUAGCGACAGUGGCGAAUGUUCGGAAGAUAUCUGCCCCGGCCGGUCCCCUAGACAGUUACAACCCUCCCCUCCGCUCAUCUCGGCAAGACAUCCGCGGCUCCAUCAACCUCUUCCACGGCGACUACAACGGAGACAGCGAGCCCGACCGGCCCAUGCGGCGGCAGCUCAGCUCCGACACCAUCAACUCCAACAACCACUUCAGCAAUAAAGGCGGUGGUGACGGCUUCUACCUAAACCGAGACUCCACCGACGGCGACAUGACCAAGACCAGCUUCGCGGACCUCAAGUUCAGAAACGGCGACCAAGGUGCGUGCCGUGUGGAGGUGGUGGAGCGGCGCAAGAGCACGACGUUCAGCACGCCGCCGGCCGCCACCACCACGUGGCAGCAGCAGUGCCUGGCGCAGGACGCGCAGCCCAACGGCGACGACCAAUCGGAUGACGCGUCACCAAGCGGCGGGCAAGCCAUGGCCGCACAACUAAACAACAUACGGUUAAAGUUAGAAGAGAAACGGAGACGAAUUGAGCAGGAGAAGCGAAGAAUGGAGGUCGCCGUCAGUCGGCAGAGGCAACAGUUAGGGCAACAGGCGUUUCUACAGGCUGUUACUAGGGAUACAUAUUUGCAAUACCAGCUGGCCUCUUUGGGUAAGGGCGCGCGGACGCCGGCUGGCGACGAGCGGCCCGAAGAUAAGCCUCAGCAGGAUAUGGAUGCGCCGAGUCAAACGGUGGACAACGUGGCGUUAGAGCAGUACCAACAGUCAAUAGCCAAAAUGAACUCCAGCCUGCAGGAUAUACAGAGCGACAUCGCGCGGCUCGCCACGCAGCAGAACCAGAUACAACAACAACAGCAGCAACAGCAAACACAGCAGUUGCAACAGCAGCAGCAACAGUUACAGCAACAGUUGCAGCAACAGCUGCAAGCUCAGCAACAGCAGCAACUGCAACAGCAGCAAGCCAAGCAGCUGUUUCAGCCGCCGCAGCCGCAGUCGCCUUUCCAGCAGUAUCCGCCUAACAUUCCACAAUUGCACAGCCAAUUCAGCUCACAGCACAACGUGUCUCGCCCCGCGCUCAACGCCUUCGGCUCCACCCCGCACCUGCCGAGGGACUUCUACCCGCAACCCUUCGACAACUUCGAGUACAACCAGCCUAACCAGUAUAGGGAUAUGGAGGAUUAUGGGAGGUUUUACCUCCAUGAGAGUCCGCCUCAGCCGCAGAGGAGAACGUGGGCGCAACACGCGCAGCAACAGCAGGAGAAUGAGCUGAGGGGCUGGCAGCUCCACCAGCAGCAGCAGAACCACCAGCAGCACCAGUACGAGCCGCAGCACACCCCUCCCCCCCGCACGUGGAAGUCCCCCUCCCCCGCGCCGUCGGAGCGCAGCUGGGCGCCGCAGGGCUUCCUGCUGCACGAGCGCGGCCCCGCACCCGCGUCCACCCCCACCCCCACCCCCCCGCAACCCUUCCAAGUGCACUACAACAACGACCGCCACCAGAACGGCACCGAGCAGAACCACCUCAGCUACACUGUGAUACCCAACCAACACCAAUACUCUCAAUCGCCGCCGCUGACGACCAGUCCGCGCCGAUCGAAAACCCCCCAACGGCAGGGCUCGCUUCCAGAAGUCUCUAGAAGGCCCGAGCCCGUCAGCUUACAGCAGCUCGGAGCUGCCAGUCCCGCGCCCGUCGACGACAUGGAGCCCCAGAAUAUAUCCUUCAUAGGAAACGCGGAAGACGACGCCCUCAGACAAGGCAUCAACCGCCUCAACAUCACCUCCGGCACCCGAACUUACCGCAUUCCCUCCCCCACGAGACCCUCCUUAAGCCGCAACUCAUUCCAACAACUAGAGCAGGAGGAGGAAACGAACGAGAAAGGCUUCUACAUAUCCUUCGAUAACGAAGCGCCGAAACGACCCAAACCACCUCUACGGGUGAAGCGGAUGUCACCUAAGAAAGAAAGAACAGAGUACCAGAGUCCGGAGCGGGGGAGUCCGGAGGCUUGGGAGCCGCAGGAGUUCCCCGUGCACCGCGCGGAGAUGCGGGCCUCGCCGGCGCGGGACUCGCGGCCGGAGGCCGAGGCCGCGGCCCGCGAGGCCCCGAGCGAGAGGCCGCUGCGGCCCGGCGCCGAGCCCGCCGCGCUAGUCAUCGGCGAGAUGAACCCCGACCCGAACUCAGCAGAGGAAAUGGAGCGAAAGAAAGAGCGAAUUAUGCUUCUCUCCCUCCAACGGCGGCAGCGCGCGGACGAAGCCCGCGCGCGCGCAGAACAGGCCGCGGCUGCGCGACGCGCAAGGGACGAACAGGUGGCGGAACAGCGCGCGGCUCGGAAAGAGGAGCAAGCGAGACGGCGCGAGGCCAUCCUGCAGCAGUAUAAGUUCAAGAAGGCCAUCGAGGAGGCCGAGCGAGAGGGCAAAGUGUUCGACAAGUCAGAAUUCAUGGACUUGGCGCGGCCGGCGGCGGGCGCGCCGCCCACGCGCAUGCGCGGCAAGCAGCCGCCGCGCGCGCGCCCCAAGACCAUACAUGUUGACAGCGGCGCCCUGCAGCAGGCCGAGGGCUUGCUCGGCAGCAAGCAGCCCUCCUCCACCAACCUCACCGGCACCAUGCGGCGCGACUACUACCGCGGCUCACAGGACAGUCUGGCGGAGCGGGCCGGCCUCUACAGAGACUCGCCCGUGGAGGAGCGCGGCGGCGGCGGCGUGUCGCCCGCCAGCGCGGCCGGCGGCCCGCUCGGCCGCCGCGGCAGCUGCAAGACCUCAAGAGAGCGCGUGAAUGAGGAACCACAGUCGGCCCGUGGAAGGUCUAAAUAUUCCACUUACCAGAAUAACUUUAAGGCGGGACGGAAGUCUAGCUCUCUAAUGAACUUGUGCGACUCAGGCCUCGGGCGCGCCACGCCGCCGCGGCGCGCGGCCUCGCCCGGGCUGCGCGCGCUGGGCUCGCCGGCCUCCGGCCCCGGCUCGCUGCCCGGCGCCAUCGGCAAGCGCCGCCAGCACGCCGACGACGCCUCCGACGUCUCCUCCACACACUCCUCCAUCAUGGACUAUUCUGGCCCCCGGCUGUACAAGCAGCCGGCAACCAAGUCGAACCGCGGCAUCAUGCUGAACGCCGUCGAGUACUGCGUGUUCCCCGGCGCCGUGAACGCCGAGGCCAAGCGGCGGGUCCUAGAGGAGAUCGCGCGCUCCGAGGCCAAGCACUUCCUCGUGCUGUUCAGGGAUGCCGGGUGCCAGUUCAGGGCGCUCUACUCGUACUGUCCGGAUACGGAGCAUGUCACGAAGCUGUACGGCACGGGACCGAAGAAUGUUAAUGAUAGGAUGUUUGAUAAGUUCUUCAAAUACAAUUCGGGCAGUAAGUGCUUCUCGCAAGUGCACACAAAGCACCUGACGGUGACCAUCGACGCGUUCACGAUACACAACUCGCUGUGGCAGGGCAAGAAGGUGCAGCUGCCCAGCAAGAAGGACAUGGCCCUCGUCAUAUAGGCGUUCUAGUCGAUGAGUCGGGUGGGGAUCAGUGAUAGUGUGGUGUUGGGUACCGGAGAGGGCAGACUAACUGUUAUUAUAUCUGUGGAAGUGAAAACAAAGUGGCUUUUAUGCUUUUAACAGAGUGACAACCAAAACCUACUCAUUAGCCUAUAGACGCUUGCAACUUUAGAGGUGUUAUGCGCGUUGCCGACUAAAAACCAACCUUGUUUUCGUAAGGUUGACGAAAUAUACAGUGAGCCGAUCUCUCAAACAAGUUUGAACAAGCUCGGCUCACUUUAUAUUUCGUCAACUUUUCAUGUAGCUUAGGUUCACUAUGGCUUUGAAUUUGUGGUAAUUAGUGAGUUUUGGUUGUCACCUGGCGAUAUAGAGAAUGACUUUUCUGGGCGUAAUCAUGAUUUUGAAUGACAUAAAGUGAUGAAGAUAUACUCAACUACUUUUCCCAUGGGACCAGAAACGUUUCAGCUACUCUGAGCUUUUUAUGGCAUAGCUGAAUUAAUUUUUGCUAGUUCUUGGUUGUCAGUCCCUCGGGAAAAGUUGUUCAGGAUGAUCUAUCACUUUUGUCAUUUAGGAUCAUGAUCCCGAAUUCACCCAGUAGACUUAGUGUAUGUACAGUUACAUUUACCUACAAUUUUUCUUUUGUAACGCCCUGCCCUUUACGAUAUGCCGGCGUAUGUCUGUGUUAUUGGUCCCCGCCACGUGCUCGGUCGCGCCUGUGUAUGUACAGAUGUGGAGGACGAAGCUCGAAUCGGAUUAGGUUAUGUCGAUUGGUUACGCGAUGCGAGCUGGUGGUUGACGUGGUUCAGCGCAAGGAAUUGGAUUUGGAGACUUGACACUGGGUUUUUUGCAUCUGUGGAAGGAAGAACGCUACAAAAAUGUGCAGUGCAAAGUGUUCUCUUAUAAAAAUAAGUUUGAGAAAAUUAUGUAUAAGAAAAAUCAAGUCAUAAAGAUGUAGUUGAGAAUUCUAGCGAUUGAUUUUAUCAAAUUUACGUAUAGACUGUAUUAGUUUGUUUUAGAAAAUGUAAAUGGAAUAAAUUAAAUCGUACGUCGUCUAAUUCUUAAAUUAGGUCGAGGCGGGACCUCUUGCGAUAAUGUUAUUUUCUAUAAAUAAUUAAAAGUACGGCGCUAAAUCCCAUUCCUUUGGCCCCGUAAUCUGCACGGAUGCUGAAUCACGUUACACUCAAGUUGAAGCGGCCGUCGCGUCUCUGCACCUGUGUCAUUAAUAUGUACACAUGUUUUAACUUAUUCCAAUGGAAUAAGACGCACAAUUGUAUACAUAUUUGUGAGGGAGACGUGCCGGCGUCGGUGUUGUGUUGAGCAGCGGUGUUCUGUAUAGACGAGACGUUUGCCAUAUGUAUUAGUGAGAUGGUCGAUAUUGUUCCAAAUUGUCACAAACCCCACAGCCAAACUGUCGAUUGUGUAGGUACGAAAUUAAACUGUCCCUUAUCUAGAAUAACAAAUUCACAAACUAAUAUCGCUUAUUUGUUAUAAUAUUGUAACUCGUUAGUAAUUAUUUCAAUUUGACUGGAUUAAGAUUAGAUCAUUAUGUAUUUGUUUAGUGACGUUCGUUCGAUUCCCAUUUUUUUACCGCUUGUAUAGCUAAAGUAAGAGGCGCUUACGGCGUAACGUACUGCCUUACCCUGUAAAUAAUUGUUUUGUAUACAGCUAUUUAUUAAAAGAAUGUUAAACGAAAAUUGAUGAAUAUCAUUCUUUCAUUGUUUAAUGAUUGGUCAUCAAUAAAUAUACUACCGAUAGUAUAUUAUGGUAUGCAAAUAUAUUGUAUUAAUACAAAAACAUAACGAAUAAUAUUGAAUUUCAUAUUA